GCCUGAAGUAAAAUUUGUACAGAAACAGCAGUAUAGAAUUGAGAAAAAUGCCAAAACUCUGGUAUCAACGGAAGUACUUCAAAUACGGUGUUCCCUUUCUCAUCCUUGUAACCGGUGGAUCAUUUGGACUGCGAGAAUUCACAACAUUACGAUAUGAAUUUUCCCGGAACAAGGAGGUGAGCCCGGAAGAAAUGAAAAAACUCGGAAUAAGCAUGAAGAAGACCGGGGAGGUAACGCUGGAGAGUGAAUAUGAGAAAGUGAAGACACUGGACAUUGAUAAUUGGGACAACAAGAGGGGUCCUCGGCCGUGGGAAGAGAACAUCCCGGAGAAGAAGUCCUGAAGAGAUGAGCCAUGCAUGUGUUGCUCUUUAUUUAUACUCCUCUAGAAGAUUAUUACAUAGAGAAUUCAAUCCAUGUAAAUUGUAAAUUACAAUGUAAGGAUAUUUUAAUAAUUAAAUGAAAAAAAAAAAAAACAUUUCAGCUUGCUUCCUAAGGUCAUAAAUCAAAAUGUUAGUGUAUAAAUUUGUAAAUAUGCGUGUUAUCUCCUUAAAAA